AUGGUAUACGGACGCAGCAUUGCGAUAGGCAUUGGCCUAAUGGUCAUUAUCAUGUUGCUAUCGACGCUGAUCUUUUAUUUAAGCUUGGGGCCUUGUCCCAGGGGCAGCUUUGCUUGCAACAAUGGGCAACAGUGCGUGUCGCAGCGUCAAAUGUGCGACAAGCAUCCCGACUGCGACGAUGGCAGCGAUGAGCAUCCAGUUGAGUGCGGCAAUCUUCAUGGCAGCAAAGAGCUGUUCGAUAAAAUUGUACGAAAUGCAAUUGAAAAGCGUCAACGUCUGGCUUUAGUUGGCUCAAAUGGCACUGCCGGGGAAUUAGCAACGCCAGCGGGACACAGGAAUCAGAUCAUGGCCAUGCCAUGUGAUAUCGUUACAUAUCCACGCAGCUGCCAGUGCGGCCAAGGUACGAUACUCUACUGCGGUAAAUACGCCAGGCUACGUCGCUGGCCACGCAUUAGUGCCGAGGUAACGUAUCUCAUCUUCAUACGCAAUAAUAUGACGCUGCGCGAAAAUGCGUUUGCCAACUUUACGCGACUGCAAAAGCUCACGCUAAAAUUCAACAACAUAUCACGUGUACCGCUGGGCAGUUUCAACGGCUUGCCGCUGCUGGAACGCCUGGAGCUUAGUUACAAUAACGUAAGUCAAUUGCCGACGGGCAGCUUUAAGGAUCUGCAUGCAGUGCAGUGGCUAUUUCUGGGCAACAAUCAGCUGCGCCAGCUGGCCAUGGAGAAUCUGGCUGGAAUGCAGCGACUGGAGUGGCUGGUGCUUAGCCACAAUCGGUUGACGCUGCACAACGAGCAACUGCCCGAAAUUCCAGCGCUACGCGAAAUCUACUUGGAUUACAAUCGAAUUGAGUAUGUUGGCGCUGAAACUUUUGCACAAUUGGAUAAGUUACAUUUGCUCGAUCUGCAGCACAAUCGCAUCACGCACAUUCACAAAGCCGCAUUUGCUAAUCUAACAGCGAUUGCAGAUAUCCGCCUCAUUGGCAAUCCCAUUAAGGAAUUAUCUGGCAAAAUGUUUCUGUACAACAAGCACCUGGAUGCACUCUCGCUGGCGCAGAUGCCGUUGACUGUUAACGCUGAGCUGCUGCAACAUCUGAACGUAUCCUUUCUGAAUUUGAGUGGCAUACACUAUGACUACAUUGACUUUACAGCGCUGAAUGAGAUGCCGAGUCUCAAGUAUCUCAUUUUCGAUGGCUUCUUCUAUUGUUCCAUGGUGCCGCGCGUGCUCAUGUGCAAGCCCAAGACAGAUGGCGUCAGUUCCUUCAAGGACUUGCUCAGCAAGCCAGCGCUGCGUUAUUCCACCUGGUUUAUGGCCACGCUAUCUAUAGUUGGCAACCUAAUGGUGCUCUGGGGUCGCUUUAUCUAUCGCGAUGAGAAUGUGGCUGUCACUAUGGUAAUCAGAAAUCUCGCCUUGGCUGAUAUACUUAUGGGCUUCUAUCUGGUGGCCAUCGGCGUGCAGGACUUUCGCUACAGGAAUGAAUAUCACAAAAUGGCUCGCGAAUGGACUAAUAGCUGGCAAUGCCUGGCAAUUGGCACACUGGCCGUAAGCUCAUCUGAGGUCUCCAUGCUUAUACUGGCCUUUAUGUCGCUGGAGCGCUUUUUACUCAUUGCAGAUCCUUUUCGUAGUCAUCGCAGCAUUAGCGUGCGCAUCAUAUUCUUUGCUCUGCUCUGCAUUUGGUUGACGGGUGUGGGCUUGGCUGUUACGCCCGUGCUGCUUCUGUGGAAGACUGGCAUCAGUGGUCUGCAUUCCGGCAUCUGUUUCCCUUUGCAUAUACACGAGGCCUUUCCGCUGGGCUGGGAGUAUUCGGCCUUUGUUUUUCUUGGUGUCAACCUGUUGCUGCUGCUGAUGAUUGCUUUGUUGUAUACGGCGCUGCUCAUAUCUAUAUGGCGCACACGCAGUGCCACGCCACUCUCGCUGCUGGACUGUGAGUUCGCGGUGCGCUUCUUCUUUAUUGUGCUGACCGACGUGAUGUGCUGGGCGCCAGUUAUUGCCAUGAAGAUUUGGGUAUUCUUCAAUUACAACGUCUCGGAUGAUAUGUAUGCCUGGCUUGUGGUUUUCAUUCUGCCACUCAAUUCGGCCGUCAAUCCGGUGCUCUACACUUUUACUACACCCAAAUACCGUAAUCAGAUUGUGCUGCGCGGCUGGAAAAAUAUCACUUCAAGGAACUGGCGUGGCAAUGUGGCCAAUACCACUGGUACCACCGCAACCGGUUCCUCACAGCAACCGGAGGACUCCACAACUAUAACAGGCAUGAAGACCACAGCGCUUACACUGACCCUAAGCCUCUAGAUGUCCACCUAAAAUUUAUUUUAUGUCUACAGUCUACCACUAUGUAGUAUAUGUAUUUAUGUAUA